UAGGCGGUACACUGAGGAGGAGUCUUUAUACACGGACCCAUUAACCCACGCAGUUUUUUUUAUUCACCAGCACUACGCUUUGGAGAUCGUAACAGCUGACAUGAGUGACUCAGAACAGCAGUUAAUAGAGACCUCAGAGAACGGCUUUGAUGAAAACGGAGCCGAACAACAGGCCGAAGACAAUGCAGCAGGAAACGGAGCUGAAGCUGAAGCUCAGGACGGAGACGGUGGUCGGAUAGAAGCAAGUAAAAGUGAAGAAGAUGCCGGGAAAAUGUUUAUUGGUGGACUCAGCUGGGAUACUAGUAAAAAGGAUCUCAAGGAUUACUUCUCUAAAUUUGGCGAAGUGACAGACUGCACUAUUAAAAUGGACCCCAACACUGGCCGAUCAAGAGGAUUUGGGUUCGUUUUGUUCAAAGAAUCUGCAAGUGUAGACAAAGUGAUGGCACAUAAGGAACACAGGCUCGAUGGGCGACAGAUUGACCCCAAGAAAGCAACAGCGAUUAAAAAGGAGCCAAUCAAGAAAAUCUUUGUCGGGGGCCUGAAUCCUGAAACCACAGAGGAGAAAAUCCGCGAGUACUUUGAUGCCUUUGGCGAGAUUGAAACCAUCGAGCUCCCGAUGGAUCAAAAGACGAACAAAAGGAGAGGGUUCGUCUUCAUCACCUUCAAAGAGGAAGAUUCAGUUAAGAAAGUAGUGGAAAAGAAAUUUCACAACGUCAGUGGGACCACGGAUGCAAAUGGAAAAGAGAGCCUUUGUGAGAUCAAGGUUGCCCAACCUAAGGAAGUUUAUCAGCAACAGCAGUAUGGCCGGUAUGGAGGUGGAGGUGGAGGAGGAGGAGGAGGCAGAGGCAGGGGGCGUGGUGGCCAGGGUGGCAGUUGGAGCCAAGGCAGCAAUAACUACUGGAAUCAGGGCUAUGGAAGCCAGAGCUAUGGCGGUCAACAAAGUUACGGUAGCUAUGGAGGCUAUGGAAACUAUGACUAUUCCGGAGGAUAUGGAUAUGGUGGCGGCUAUGACUACAGUUCAGGCAGCGACACCUAUGGAAAAUCUCCAAGACGUGGUGGCCACCAGAGUAACUACAAGCCGUACUGAAGUUGUAGUUGAGAGGUGGUGACGAACAGGACCCCGUGAUCUGAUCUCUUGCUGGGGUUCAGUCUUUUACAUUUACUGGACAUAGGCAGAAUCCGGACUUCUGCUUCAUUUUGUACAGACCACAAUUAAGGAAUUGGGGGCUGCAGAUGUCACUUUCACAUUUUAUUUUAUACCAUUUUGUCCAUUUUACAUUUCCAGAGAUGGGAAGUGUUAUUUUUACUGUACUUUUUGGUACCUUUUUGAUCUAAUGUAUUAUAUGGUUGUAUUUUACAUCUUGGCUGCAUUUCACACACUUUGCCUCAGCUCUCAACCUUUUUCAUAAUAAAUUGAUUUUGUUUAAUGUCUUGUUUCUAUUUUCUCCCCAUCAUCUGUUGUGAGCUUAGCUGCAUGGUUCAGGCUGCUGUAAGCUUGGCAGGGUUGUACUUUUGUCCUGGUUUAGUUUAGCAGCAAGAACUUAUUUGACCAUUUGUCCCUCAUUUGCUUUGUGUUUAGACAUCUGUUUAGUUUAAAAAGUGGCUUUAGUGGUGAUGACUAUACCUCAGUGCACACACAUGCAAAGGGAUUUAUUUUAACUUCUGCAAUGUCUUGGACAAAAUUGGUGAAAAUAAACUUUUUUUUAAAGAUA